AUGGUUCAAACGUUGGACUUUAGCGGUAGCCCAGUUUCUGUUCCAGGCUUCGGCGCUAUGGGACUGAACUCAGCGAUGGGGACUGACCUCGCGCUUGAGCAGGCCGAGCCGGUCCUUCUGAAAGCGAUUCAGCUGGGAUGCACAUUUUGGGAUACCGCUGUUGCGUAUAAGAAUGGAGACAACGAAAAGCUGCUUGGAGAUUUCAUCCGUAAACACCAAGUUCGCGACUCACUCUUUGUGGCAUCCAAGUGCGGCUUCGAUGUUUUUGGAGCUGAGCGAAAGAUAACAAACUCAGCCGCCCAUAUUCGUGAAUACAUCGAUGGGACGAUCGAUAGACUCGGUUUCACCCCUGAUCUCUAUUAUCUCCAUAGGAUCGAUCCUAGAACUCCACUUGAGGAAUCCAUUGGUGCGCUCGACGAGCUCCGCCGCGCUGGGAAGACUAAAUACAUUGGAUUAUCAGAGUGCUCUGCCGCGACCUUGCGCAAAGCGCAUUCCAUUGCUAGAAUUGAUGCUGUUCAAGCCGAGUACUCGGCCUUCGAGACAAUACAUGAAACGGACGGUCUUAUUGAGACGGCCAGAGAGCUUGGAAUUGCAUUCGUAGCUUUCAGUCCGUUAGGGCAUGGCUGGCUCGUCGAUGAUUUCAAGUACGAGUCCCCGGAUGACUUUGCAGUUGAUGAUUUCCGACGCACCGUACCCAAGUUUCAAGGCGAAAACUUCUACAAGAACAAGGCCAUUGUCACCGAGAUCAAAAAGCUAGCGACGCGCAAGGGGUGCACGGUGGCCCAGAUUGCGUUGGCAUGGGUUGCUACGCAAGGCUUCAUCAGCAUUCCAGGCACAACACGUGCUACGCGGUUGGAAGAAAAUUGGGGGUCUCGAAGGGUCGAACUUACCGAGGACGAGCUGGCUGAGAUGCGAAAGAUAGUGGAUGAUGCGAAACCGGUUGGCGAGAGAUUCUCUCCACUGUUUCAGUCAAUGGUUGGUCAUUGA